AUGGAUUUUAUGGAACCAUUACCUUCUUCCUACAACAACGAAUAUAUUUUAGUUGCAGUGGAUUAUGUCAGUAAGUGGGUAGAGGCUGCAGCAUGCCAAAAGAACGAUGCCAAGACAGUGGUCAAAUUUCUCAAGAGACAAAUCUUCUCAAGAUUUUGUGCCCCUAGGAACCUCAUAAGUGAUGGAGGAUCACAUUUCUGUAAUGCCCAAUUGGCCAAGGUCUUGUCACAUUAUGAUUUGUCACAUUAUGAUGUGAGGCACAAAAUUUCCUCUCUUUAUCAUCCACAAACCAAUGGCCAAGCUGAAGUUUCCAAUCGGAAAAUUAAGAGAAUCCUUGAAAAGAUUGUUUCAUCUUCAAGAAAGGAUUGGGCUGCAAAGUUAGAUGAUGUUUUGUGGGCAUAUAGGAUUGACUGCCUUGAAGACUCCUGUAAAAGAAAGCUUCAGUUGCAAAAGUUGGAGGAAAUGAGGAUGACUGCCUAUGAUUCUUCAAGGAAAUACAAAGAAAGGGUCAAGAUGUACCAUGACAAGAAGCUGAUCAAGAGAGAAUUUCAACCUGGACAACAAGUAGUGUUGUUCGAUUCCAGAUUCAAGUUGUUUCCAGGUAAGUUGAAAGCUAAAUGGUCUGGUCCUUUUGUGAUUAAGGCAGUCAAGCCUUAUGGUGCUCUUGAAUUGAUGGAUCCAAAUUCUGAGGAUCCAAAUAGAAGCUGGAUUGUUAAUGGCCAAAGACUGAAACAUUAUUUGGGUGGUGAGGUUGAACGCCUCACCACAAUUAUUAAAUUGUCUGAACCAUGA